AUGCUCAUUUUGUCCAUGCAGUGGAUGUACAAGACGGUUCUUUCCGCCCGUAGAAAGGAAUUUGGAGUGCGAUACAUCAUUUCCCGUAAACAGAUGGUUACCAGGAGUGAUGCUGGGGUAGCAGGGGUAGGAAGGACGGAGAAAGAGAUGGUGGAAAGGAGCGACAAAUGA